AAAUACAAUAUCACUCAUCCCCUCCCCAUCCUGUUGUUGAUAUUUUUAUGUCACAUACAAUUAUGUACGUGUAUUAUACAUUUAUGUUGUCUAUUUGAAUUAUUUAUUUUAAAAACGCUAAACGUGAAGUAAUACUCCAAAAAUAAAAUUUGGCAAAAAAAUUAGUUUAAAUUACGAAAUUUCUGUUUAUUUUAAUGAUUAAAAAUGAUCGCAAAUCGAUUGAAUUCCUAUUAUGACAAAUUUUGCGACUAUAUGGAACGAGAUACCAAGGGUGUUGAGAUUGGCAUCUACACUGUAUCUGGUGUUCUCUUCGCAGUUGCCUGUUAUAAAAUUCGUCCGAUAACAAAAUUCGGUAAGCCUUCCGAUAUUCCAAAUCAUUUCAUUCGAAAUCAAGUGCUGCAACAUGGAACCGUAUCGUCAAUUGAACCGAGUCAAAAUGCCGGCCCAUUACUUAGGGUGAACCAUAGCCCCCCGUUGAAUAUAUUUUUUUCAUCAAAGAAGCGUUUGCCGGUCAAGGUAGCUGGAGUUCAAAUCAAUGCCAACGGAUAUUCAUGGCUGCAGUCAGUAACAGUUAAUCACAAAGUGAAAUUUUUACCUCUAUCGAAACAGGAUGAUCAUGUUGAGUGUCAGGUGCUAUUGGUCGAUUCGUCGCCACAAAAGCCCGUCCUCGAUCUAGCCGAAUGUCUAACCAAACUUGGAUUUGCAAACGUGACGAAUUAUCCUACCAACACAGAGAAUGACAAAGAACUACAAAGAUACUUUCAGAAUUUGAUCAAAUUGCAGAACAAGGCCAAGAGAACAAGAACUGGAUUAUGGGCAGAAAAGAUACCGCCGCCACGCUGGCCAGUCAACAUCAUCCAGAAGUAUGUGACGAAAGCGAUAAUGUCUGCCCUUCCACAAAAUCGACGUUUACCUGAACUUGUCAGAUAAAACAAAACUGUUAAAAUUGUCUCAAUGGAUAUGACUUAAAGUUCGGUUAAUAUUGCCUUAAUUACACUUGUUAUGUGCUGUUUUACUUGUUGAUUUGGUGCAAUAAAAGAAAUUUUAGAUUUGUAUAUA